UGCACCCCUUCAUUCAGAUGGUCCCUCAGAAACCACAGGACAGCUCAGAGGACCACACACUGUUCUACUUUCAGACUGAGCAAUGGACUUUAAAUCAGGAGGAACGAUGGAGGUUGCGGCGCUUGGCCGCCCUUUCUGCCUCGGAAUGCUGUACGACUGCCGCAGUGACUCACUCGUGUCUGGAAUGACAUUGUGGGAUCUCAAUGACCUCAAACAAAAUAUAAGGGAAAGACCACAGAACUAUAAUGAUUUUGAGAUAGAUUCAUCUGUAUCAAUUGAGAGCAAAUCUUUAGCUCUAAAUGUUGAAGGAUCACUGAAGGCAAGUUUCCUGAGUGGACUGGUUGAGGUUGAAGGAUCUGCCAAAUAUCUGAAUGAUCAUAAGACAUCCAGAAAUCAGGCCAGAGUAACACUGACGUACAAGGCAACUACAAAGGUCCAGGAACUGUCAAUGAAUCAUCUUGGACGAGGCAAUGUGAAGCAUCAAUAUGUUUUUGAUAAAGGAAUAGCCACACAUGUAGUCACAGGUAUUCUUUAUGGGGCACAAGCCUUCUUUGUGUUUAAUCGUGAGGUAUCCGAAAAAGAAGAUUAUCAAGACAUUAAGGGCAAGUUGAAAUUGAUGAUCAAGAAGAUCCCACUCUUUGCUAAAGAAGGCAAAAGUUCCCUGAAACUGGAAGAAAUGGUCGAAGAAAAUGUGUUCUCCUGCAAAUUCUAUGGAGACUUUUCCCUUGAGAAACCUCCAACAUCCUUUCAGGAUGCAGUAGAAGUCUAUCAAAGCCUCCCAAAAUUGCUGGGAGCUAAUGGAGAAAACGCUGUACCAAUGAAGGUCUGGCUGUUGCCACUGACAAUUUUAGAUUCUUCUGCUGCUCAGCUCGUUCGUCAGAUAAGUAUAAGAUUAGUUCAGGAGGCACAGAGUGUCCUGGAAGACUUCAGUGAGCUGGACAUGAGGUGCAACGAUGCAAUGAGGACAACAACUGCUCAGCAGUUCCCACAGAUCGCCAAAAAACUUAAAAGUUUUAAGGAAAUGUUCUCAGAGUUAAAGCUGGAAUUGCAACAAAACCUGGCAAAGAAACUUCCGUCAAUCAGAGGAGGAGGUGAAGAGGAGGCUGUGCUCGCAGAGAUCCUGAAGAAGAGACAUUCGUCUCCUUUCAACAGCAAAAGCCUCAACGAGUGGAUGGACUGCAAACACAGAGAAGUUUACACUUUAAUGUCUUUCACCAACAUGAUGAAAAGCACAAAGAUCAUCCAAUCUCAAAGUGAUCUGAACAAAGAAACUCUCAGUGCAGAGCAUGCUGUGUGUUUUGUUUUCACCUCACUGGGAAGUGAUGAACCUUACCUCUCAGCUUUAUCAAACUACUUAAGAGGAACAACCGAACCAGACGACGCUCGACAUCCACAUACUCAUGAUGUGGAGAGGGAACAGUGGUUUGCCUCAAAAGAAGUAGCAGAUGAAAUGAGGCAUAAAGCAAAGCUGUUUAUUAACUUUGCAGAGGCCAACAAGGAGAACAAGAACAUAAAGUUCCUGACAGUGGGUUUGACUAACGAGACACAGAAAGGUUCAAGCAUCUACCUUUAUAAAAACAGCUUUUCUGUCAGUGAGAACUUUGAACCUCUUUCAAAACCUGAAACUGUGACAGGAAGUGACAUAAACCACAACAGUGUGACACUGAAGAUUUCUCCACCCAGAUUUGGAGCAGAGAACAUCACCUCCUACUGUGUGGAGUACUGUGUCAGAGGAGAGGAGGGAUGGCAACAACACACAGCAUCAAAGGCUGAAGAAGUCACAGUGAGUGAUCUGAGUCCUGACACUGAGUAUGUGUUCAGAUGUAGAGCAGUGACCUCAGUAGGUGUUGGACCAGUCAAUGAAGUCAAUGCUUCCAUUAAAACAUUGCCUUGCAGUCCUCCUGGAAAACCUCAAGUUGAACCAAGCUCCAGUGAGAUAUCAGUUAGCUGGCAGAAACCUGCUGAGCUUGGACAAGAUGUCCGGAUUUGGAGCUACAUCGUGGAGUACGCCCAAACAGACAAAGAGGUGAAAGAGGAACAUCUCCAAUGGAAACAACUGGUGUCAACAGCUGCAGAGGCAAUAAUUUCAGGGCUUCAGUCAGACACAGAAUAUGCAGUCAGGAUCAGAUGUGAUUGUGGUUUGGUUGGCAGAAGCAAGGAAAGCAUCACCGUUAAUGUCUGCACAACAAAUUUCAAACCUCUCAAAGAAUACUACAAACAUACAAGUGAAAGGAUGAAUUCUGAAUCCCACUCAGGUUACAAACUGCCUCUGACAGAAAAGGAAAUCAACAUAGAUGGAUGCCGGAGGUAUGAGUUUGGCAAAGAAAGCUUGAGGAGAAAUCGCACCAUAAUUCUUCUUGGAGCGACCGGGUCAGGAAAGUCCACUAUGAUCAAUGCAAUGAUCAGCUACAUUGUUGGAGGAGAGUGGAAGGACGGUUUCAGAUUCACAUUAACUGAUGAGGAUCAGUCGAGAUCUGGAGCUGAGAACCAGACCUCUGAAGUCACUGUGUACAAAAUCCACCAUCAGGAGGGUUUUAAAAUAAACUACUCACUGACCAUUGUUGACACUCCAGGAUUUGGAAACACAAGAGGCAUAGAAAGAGACAGGAUGAUCGUAGAGCAGCUGCGUAAUCUCUUCUCCUCUGAGCUUGGUGUCAGUGAAGUUGACGCUGUGUGUUUCGUAGCUCCAGCUUCUUCAGCACGAUUCACACCAACACAGAAAUAUGUGCUUGAUUCAGUUCUCUCAGUCUUCAGCAAAUAUGAGGCAGAAAACAUCAGGGUUCUGGUGACAUUUUCACACGGCCAACGUCCACCAGUUCUAGAGGCGAUCAAUGCUUCAGGUGUCCCAUGUCCUAAAACAAAAGACGGACUGCCAGUUCACUUCAAGUUCAAUAAUUCAGCGUUGUUUGCAAAAAACAAAUCAUCUGAAACACGGAGCCUGAGUGGGAAUGAAUCAGAUGAAGAUGAAAACUAUGAUCAGAUGUUUUGGAACAUGGGGACAAAAAGCAUGAAGAGGUUUUUUGACGCUUUGAAUGUAAUAGACACCAAAAGAUUGACAAUGACAAAGGAGGUUCUCAGAGUAAGACAGCAGCUUGAUAUUUCAGUUGAGGGUUUGCAGAAGCAGCUAAACCUGGGGCUGGACAAGCUAGAGGAGAUAAAAGACACAGAAGAACAACUUAAAGAACUUGAGGGAGAGAUCACCAAAAAUAAGAAUUUUGAGUUGGAAGUCACUGUCACAAAGGCUGUUCAAAUUGAUCUUUCUGGAACCGGGAAAUACAUCACCACCUGUCUUAAGUGUCAUUUUACUUGUCACGAUAAUUGUCCCUAUGAAAAUGAAGAUAUAAAACACUGUCCUGCAAUGGGAGCAGAUGGAAACUGUACUAAGUGUCCAGGCAAAUGUCAUUGGCGUGUACAUUUGAAUCAGAAGUACAAAUGGGAGUACAGGGAGGUUAAAGGGAAAGAAACAGUCAAGGAGCUGCAGGAAAAAUACCUUGAAGCCACAGAGGCUAAGGCGCCUGUGCAGGCACUGAUCGACAAGCUGAAGGCUGAAUAUAAUGCUGUGCAGGCUGAGGUGGUGGCAUUGAUGAGGAGAUCUGCCGAGUGUCUAAACAGACUAAAAGAGAUAUCACUGAAGCCAAACCCUCUCUCCACUCCAGAGUACAUCGACAUGCUCAUUGAGGGAGAGAAAUCUGAGGCCAAACCAGGCUGGAGGAAACGAGUUCAGGCUCUGAUAGACAUGAGACAAAAAGCUGAGAUCAUGGCUAAAGUAGAGAGAGGAGAGACACUGCUCAAAUAGUCCAGAGGGAUCACUAGUGUUUUUGUCAGAACGGAGGUAAAAUCAAGACCAAUAUCAACCAAGUCCAUAUUAAGACCUGAACAGCUUCCACCAAGACAAAGAGGAGAUCCAUUCUGACUCAGAUAAUAAAGACAGAACAAACAGGACAGAAAGUGAUGAACUGAGACAGUCUCAAUACUGAGAGACUGACACUGAAAUGACUAUGACCAAGAAAAGCUCAGAAAUAAAUGUGUUUGAGAUAAAGACUAAACUGAUGACUGUUUACUUCUGUACAAACAUAUUCCAGCAGGAGUUAUUUGUCUGUGCUAUUUACCAGGAAAACACAGAUUUACUGAGUGUGACCAAAUAUAUGAUAUAACACAC